AAAUUAUGCAAAAAAAUGAGUGGUUUCUCUCUGUUUUUUGAGGGCAAAGAUAAUGAUAAUUACAUGUUUUUAAAUAUUUUGACUCGAAACAAAGUAAAUGCGCGCAUACAUUAGUAUUAACAAACGAGCAAACGGUUAAAAAAAACUUUUUUUUUAUUUCCUACAUUUUUCCAAGUAAGAUGAUUUGUAAAUGUCCACAUAGUGAAAAUAUUGAACCACAAUUGGCAUCAAAUUGUGGGAGAUCAACUCUACUGAUUUUCAUGAAUAUCCUUCAGCAUAUGCUUCAACAAAAAUGUGAUAUUGCCGAUCCUUGCGGUCGAAUUCAAUCUCAAAGUGACAUUAAUUCACGUUACGAUUUCAUUGUGAUUGGAGGAGGCAGUGCUGGAUCACCAAUAGCGGCAAGAUUAUCGGAGGAAAAAAAUUUUUCGGUAUUAUUAAUUGAAGCAGGUUUAGAUGAACAUACUGUAACGCAAGUGCCGUCAUUUUUUCGAAAUUAUAUUGGAAGUGCUAUCGAUUGGAAUUUCACCACCGAAAGUGAGAAUCAAGCUUGUCUCAAUGCAAAGGACAGACGUUGUUUGUGGCCAAGAGGAAAGGUUCUCGGAGGAUCAAGUGUUCUAACUGGAAUGAUGUACAUGAGAGGUUCAAAAAAAGAUUAUGAUGAUUGGGAAAAAAUGGGCAACAAAGGUUGGUCAUUUGAUAAUGUCCUACCGUAUUUUAUAAAAAGUGAGGAUAAUUUACAAAUAAAUGAAAUGUCUAAUGAAUAUCAUGGCACUGGAGGUCCAUUACCAGUUGGUAAAUUUCCAUAUUAUCCGCCAAUUUCUGAUGAUAUUUUAAAAGCCGGCAAAGAAUUAGAAUACAAUACCGUUGAUUUGAAUGGAAAACAUCAAAGGGGUUUUGCAAAAUCUCAAUGUAAUACAAAAAAUGGUAUUCGUUUUUCAAGUGCUCGCGCUUUUUUGCGUCCUGCCAAAAAUCGAAAUAAUCUACAUGUUCUUUUAAAUUCUACGGUAACAAGAAUUAUUUUCGAUAUAAAUAAAAAAGCAGUUGCAAUUUUAUUCCUUCAAAAUGGACAAUUAAAAAGAGUUUCUGUUACAAAAGAAGUUAUUCUUAGUGCAGGCGCUAUCAAUUCACCAGUUAUACUUCUACGCAGUGGCGUUGGUCCAAAAAAGGAUUUAGAUUAUCUGGGAAUCUCCGUUAUAAAAAAUCUUCCAGGUGUUGGAAAAAAUCUUCAUAAUCAUGUCUCUUACGAAGUGGCCUUCUACUUAAAUGAAAAAGACACGAAUCUACUUAAUCGAAAUUCGAUAAAUCAAUAUUUGAAAUUUAGAAAAGGACCAAUGUCUGGAACAGGUGUUACAGGUAUAACAGCUAUGAUAAAUACAAAAUAUUCAAAUAAUUCGGAUAUUCAAUUAUUUUUUAAUGGAUUUUGGGCUGAUUGUAUAAAAUUAAAACGACAGGGAAAACGACAAUUAUCAAUUAUUCCAACUGUUUUAAAUGCAAAAAGUAGAGGUUAUGUUCGUUUAAAAGACAUGAAUCCUCAUUCGAAACCGAUAAUUGUUCCUAAUUAUUUUUCACAUUCGGAUGAUAUAAAAACACUUGUUGAAGGAAUAAAAUUUAGUAUUCGACUGUCAAAUACUCAAGCACUUAAAAAAUACGGUCUAAAAAUAAAUACUAUACCAGUAAAAAAUUGCGAAGAAUUUCAAUUUGGUACAGAUGAUUAUUUUGAGUGUGCCAUACGACAUGAAACCAAUCCAGAAAAUCAUCAAUCUGGAUCUUGUAAAAUGGGCCCUAAUUCGGAUCCAAUGGCAGUGGUUGAUAAUAAACUUAAAGUUCGAGGCAUUAUUGGUGUUAGAGUUGCUGAUGCAAGUAUAAUGCCACAGGUUAUUUCCGGUAAUACUAAUGCACCCACUAUAAUGAUUGGUGAGAGGGUAGCGGACUUUAUAAAAGAAGAAUGGUAGCUAAUAAUAUAAUGCAUUAUAUGUCCGUGUGAUUUCACCUUCAUGGUAAAGAAUGCAAUUGUACCCACUUGUGAUUUUGAGUUGCAGACAUUUAUCUCAAAAUGAAAACCACGAAAGUUUAUUAAGUCGAAUUCACAAGUGUCGAAUUGACAAAUGUUCUAACCUCUAUUUCCAUGAAUUGUAUAUUAAACGAAAUGUUAUUGUUUCGAAUACUAAUAUGAUCAACUUUCAUGCGCAAAAAAUUAUAUUUUGAUCUAAUUUAUAUUUUGUAUAAUUUUAAAUUUCUCUAAUUUUUAUUUAUCCUAAUCUUUAUUUAACCUAAUUUUCAUAAAGUCGAAAUAUGAAAUGUUAUAAUGUUGAUUUAAACUAAAUAUAAUUUAUAAUAAAGGUAAUUUGACAUAAU